AUGCAAUCUCCUGUCAUAAAUGUGACUAGUUGCACUUUUUCCUUGUGCUCCUUUAAGCAAAGCAAAUCGUCUGUGAGAUUGAAAGAAGACAUGAAAAAGAUAGCUGCGCUUUCACUGACCAAGCAGAGGGAUGCAACCUGUCCAAAGGUGUUUGGCGUGAGUCUUCUGGAACUCCAGCAGCAGGGACUGAGCAAAAACGGCAUCCCAAUAGUUGUGUGGAAUGUAGUCGAGUACCUGACCCAACAUGGUAUGACCCAGGAAGGCCUUUUCAGGGUAAAUGGGAGUGUGAAAAUGGUGGAACAGUUGCGACUGCGGUAUGAACGUGGAGAAGAAGUGGAACUUGUUAAAGAUGGCGACAUAUACUCAGCAGCUAGUCUGCUGAAAUUAUUUUUGAGAGAGUUGCCGGAUGGGAUUAUCACCUCUGCCUUACAUCCCAGGUUUAUUCGGCUUUACCAGGACGCUAGUAAUGACAUGCAGAAGGAAAGUAAUUUGAAAGAACUCCUUAAAGAAUUGCCUGAUGCUCAUUACUGCCUGCUGAAGUAUCUGUGCCGGUUCCUGACAAAAGUUGCUGAACAUCAUGUAGAGAACAGGAUGAAUCUUUGCAAUCUUGCUACUGUUUUUGGACCAAACUGCUUUCAUGUGCCUCCCGGAUUUGAAGGGAUAAAGGAACAAGAGAUCUGCAACAAGAUAAUGGCUAAAAUGCUGGAAAACUACAGUACCUUGUUUGAAUUGGAGGGUUUGAAAAAGGAUGAAGAAAAGCCUGCGUGCGAAGAGCUAGCAAGAAUUAUUUUGGUCAAAAUGACAAAGUCCACAAGGGAAGGAUCCAUCCAGACAUGCCUAGUGCCACGACCAGGUUUGUCAGAUGGAAUACCUCAGUUCAGCCUCCGAUUAACAGGCAGUAGUUCGUGUUUGGAGGAGAUGGAUUUAACAGAUGAAGUCUCCUGCAUGAACAGUGCUGCGUUUUUCUCCAGUUCCCAAGAAGAUGAACGGCCUAUGUCACCCUUCUACUUGAGCUGGCAUGUAGCUCAAGUGUCAAUUGACCUUAUUUUUCGGCUUGACAGGUAUUUAGAGAAGACAAUCCGCUCAGCCGUGGAGCAGCAUCUCUUUGAUGUUCAUGGCUCGGGCGGCCAGAGUUCAGAGGACUCUGAAUCGGGAACAUCUUCAGCCUCUUCUAAUGUGUCUGCCAGGCAGAGGAGGCGACAUCACAAAGAGCAGGAGGAAGCCCGGAGAAACAGAGACAUGGAAGUCGUCAACAAAGAGAACAUUCCCUCUGGAUUCAGCAAUCUGGAAGACUGUAUUCUGUCUGCUCAAGAGGUAGAAAAAUUACCAGAGAACAGCUCCUCGUAUCUUGGUGAAAGGAAUAAACCAAAACGGCAGAAAUCCAGCACCAAGCUUUCAGAGCUUAAUGACAACCAGGACAGUCCUGUGAGUAUGGAAAGCUUUAGCUCAUCCAGACCUAUAGACAGAACAGGACCUGAUGACAUGGAAAUUUUAUCUGAAGAAAGCAAAGAAAGUGAAAACGAUGAGGUUUUUUUCAGGCACUCACAGCAGACUUCAAGUAUGAAGAUUCAAGAGCAUCCAAGCAUUCCUGAAACCAAGUUGCAAAGAAAUCAAGAUGCUGAUGAACAGGAAAACAGCUUUGUGUCAGAAGUACCUCAGCUGGAUUUGACAGCGCUGUGCGAUGACAACAACUGGGAAGGUAGGGUUGUGGAAAGGAUUCUUUUGUUAGGUUAUGAUUCAGGAGUGAAGGAGAGGCUUCAACAGGGGGAAGAACAGGAAGAUGCAAAGGACGGCUUAGAUUCAGAUGAGGCCCGCCUUUCCCCGCAGGCCGGCCGCUUAAUUCGCCAGCUUCUGGAUGAGGACAGUGAUCCUAUGCUUUCCCCUCGCUUCUAUGCCUAUGGACAGAGCCAACAGUACCUGGAUGACACAGAAGUGCCUCCUUCCCCUCCCAAUUCCCAUUCAUUCAUGAGGAGGCGGAGUUCUUCCUUGGGAUCUUAUGAAGAUGACAGAGAGGACCUGACCCCUGCACAGUUGACCCGGCGGAUUCAGGGACUGAAGAAAAAGAUCAGGAAGUUUGAGGACAAAUUUGAAGAGGAGAGGAAAUACAGACCUUCCCACAGUGACAAAGCAGCCAACCCUGAAGUGCUCAAAUGGACAAAUGACUUAGCCAAAUUCCGAAAACAACUUAAAGAGUCAAAACUGAAGAUAUCUGAGGAAGACCUUGCCCCUGUGGUGCGUCAGCGGAGCAACACGCUCCCCAAGAGCUUUGGUUCUCAACUCGAAAAGGAAGAUGACAAGAAGCAAGACCUGUCAGAUAAAUCUGCCAAGCCUGCCGUGGAAGUGACUCUUGAGUCUAUCCAGAAGAAGCUUCAAGAAAAACGAGCAGAGACAAACCGACCUGAGGAUAUUAAGGACAUGACAAGAGAUCAGAUAGCGGCUGAGAAAGUGGCUCUUCAGAAAGCCCUGCUGUAUUACGAAAGCAUUCAUGGCAGACCGGUUACCAAAAAUGAACGACAGGUGAUGAAGCCGUUGUAUGACAGAUAUCGCUUGGUCAAACAGAUCCUCUCCAGGGCCAACACCAUUCCUAUUAUUGGUUCCCCCUCCAGCAAGCGGAGAAGCCCUUUGCUGCAGCCAAUUAUCGAGGGCGAAACAGCUUCCUUCUUCAAGGAGAUAAAGGAAGAAGAGGAGGGGUCCGAGGAGGACAGCAAUCUGAAGCCAGAUUUCACGAUUACCAUGAAAACAGAUUUCAACGUGCGUAGCUUCUUGGAUCAACUAGAAGAUGAUGCUGAUGGCUUUGUUUCCCCAGUGGAUGAUAAGAUACCAUCAAAAAGCAACCAGGACAUGGGCCUUUCGAAUCUUCACGAAGCAUCUAUCCCUGAACUGUUAGAGCAGCUCCAAGAAGUCAGGGAAGAGAAAAAGCGAAUCAGGAAAAAAUUGAGAGAGUUUGAAGAUAAUUUUUUCCGACAAAAUGGAAGGAACGUGCAGAAAGAAGACCGCGCUCCUAUGGCAGAAGAAUACAAUGAAUACAAGCAGGUUAAGGCCAAGCUGAGGCUGCUGGAGGUCCUGAUCAGUAAAAGAGAUAUUAGCUCCAAGAUCAUGUAAAGAAGGGGAUUUUUUUUGCCAGUAAACUGAAAAGAGACAGCACCAAACAGAUGAAUGCAUGAAGCAAAUGCAGCAGGAGCCUGGCUGGGGAAGCUGAGGAGCUCCCUGGGAACUGAAAGGCCAUUCCCAGAGGUGGGAGGGGGAGGAAGGGUGGCUUUCCAUCACUCUUGGGACUUGCUAUUGUCCUCUCUGUCUGCAGGCCAGAUGCCCAAAGUGGAGUUUGCCAGUGUAGGAGAGGUGAUGCUGCGCUCAGCAACUACACUGAAGGGAUCCUUCUGUUUUGGUUUGCUUACAGGUCCUGUAAUAUUUAGACUAUCGAAGCCAGACUUGCUCUUUUUUUUUUUUUUUUUUUUCUUCACUCCAGGAUAUCAUAGCACGAGGCAAAAUAGGAUGAAUAGUGAUUAAAUCAUCAAAUAGCUUCCACUUUAGUUUACCAAGCAAGUGCCCUGACUGAUCUAAUGUGAAGGCACAGGUCAGAUAGCACCAAGACUGUUCUCUCAUAGCUACAGUAAAGGUUUGCUCAGACUUUUGACCUGACCGUUUGGAUGGAAUCCAGCCUCUGCUGUUGCCCUGUAUAAAUGCUGGAAGACUAUCCUGGUCAGAGCCCAGGCUGGCUUGAGUUACAGUCUUGCCCAGGCUUAAAUAGGGCAAAACAAAGAAGUUUUAACAGCUGCAAGUCAAAAUCCCCUGGGAUUUUGGUAGCUGCUUAAUUAUAUCUCUGGGUCAAGCAUCUGGAAGACACACUCCAUUAGUACGUGUGCUUCAUUAUCUGAUGCUGACAUAAGAUCCUGAGCUGAACAGCCCAUGUGCAUGUCACACAUAUUUGCCAGCCUAAAUUUUGUUCUUUUAUGUAUGCAGUCAGUCAGACUGUGGAUUGCAGCCCUGGCAUUGUGACUGUGGGAAUCAGAGGAGGGUCUUCUCUCCCCAGCGGUUUUGGCUUAUAUUAAUAGAUGAGAGCAGAGGAUACUGCAGAGAACUGGAAGCUGAGAACCACGUUCUGCCUGUGGAGGGGUCAGUGUGUCAGGUGCAGAAUUUGGCUAUUAGCUAUUUUCAGAUUUGUUUAGGACCUUCAGAAAACAAAGUCUUGGGAAAGCUAUGAACACUUGAUUCAGGUCCUCAUGUCAGACAGUUGUUGUGUGAAGGAGUAAAAAGGUAGUGAGUUCAAAAAUGUGUGAAGUAACUGAGCGCUCCCAGGUCUGCUGGGCCAUCUGGGCUCUGUCUUGCGCUCUGGAGGCUUGCAUGCACAAAGUCACACUGCCCAGAGCCAGGGCUGGGAAUUAGGGCAAGAAACGCAACUCCCAGGAGUGGGGCUCAAUCAUGGUGUCGCGGGGAGCGUUUCUGUGCGUACUGUCUUUUGUGGCGAUCCCCUGGUGAGCUAAUGCACUGAAGCAGGACAGCUGCGAUCAAAUGCAGUGCCAGCUACAGCCAGGCCUUGCAUAUGUCACACUGCAGGAGCUAAGAGGUGAGCUCCCAGAACUUCUCCCCCCCGCUUCCUUUUUUGGGCAAGCAGGCCCACAAAUACUUCUAUUUCAAAUGCGCUACUUAGAAUCGUUUUCCUCCACUUGCUGUACUAUGUUAAUUCUUGCAAAAACUGAUGCUGAGGGUGUUUUGGUCUCUUAGGACUCCAUAAACAUUUCAAAAGGCAGCCUUUUUCAUUUGCUCUUACAUGUGCCCAUUAAUGGUCUGAAUGGGUAAGACAGUGAUGUGCAUUUGUUAGUGACAGCAGUCAAAGCGCUUAGGAGGAGGACUUUCUGUGUUGUUUUCUGCUGAUUGCAGAAUUGCCCCUUGUAUACAAGAUCAUUGAAGGCUGAAUUUCGUAUUUCCAAAGAGUCUGGAGGACUUGUGUGCUGACCUAGGGCUUGGCUUUGCAGAGAUGCUGAGUUUCCAUUUCUUGGGAGAUGCCUCUGCAAAUCUGAUCCUUGGAGGUUAUAGCUGGGCUCACAAAUGUGGGAAACUGCUUUGGAAGAUGACUGAUUGAUUGGAAAGGAAGCCUGGCUAGGGCAAAUGCCUUCCUGAAUGCAGGACAAUGCAGGAAAUCAGAGCUGUGCCUUUGUCCUUCAGCCUGGUCUUAUUUCUGUUCAGAGUCCGUGGUCAGCUCACUUAGCUGUUUCAGGUUUAACUGCUGAGCCAACAUGGCUGCUGUGUUACUCUAUGAGUAGAAGCAUGAGACGAGAAAGGAUGUUGGGUUACCAAAAAGUCAUUACUGCUGGUUCAGUUUUGCAUUGGUCAGGCCCAGUUCAGCAAAGUGCUUCAAAGUGUAUGUGGUGAGCACACGCCUCAAGUUGAUCUGCGUUUGGGUUUUGGUUGAAUAAGGAGGGCCUAAAUCUGGAGCGCUUUGCUGAAUCUGGGCCUAGACAGCUUUAUAUAGGACGAGAGCAGCAGUUCUUUCCUUUUCUUCCUAGUCAUAUGUUUUCCAGUGGGCCAAGAUUUCCCAGGAGUAUGUUUUUUCUGCUUAUUUUUAAAAAGCCUGUUUGCACUGUGUACUGAUAAAUGUGGGGUUUGCCCCUGACAAAUCUUGAUAAAUGAUGUGUAGUGAACAGUCCGCUUUAUUUUUAAACUGGUGAGAUUGUAGCAUUUUCUGGAUGCUUAGUUACCGCUGUUUACAUGGCAUAUUACUAGAACUUCAGAUAGUUUAUAUGAAAUGUAAGUACAAUUAUGCACUUUAGAGAGUUUAUAUUUUUGAAGUUUGAAAGCUAAAAGUAACAAAACCUAUUAUCUGAAAUUGUACAUUUAAAAAAAAAAACACGCUUAGCCAUCUCUCUUGUUAAAACUGUUCUUUAAAACAGUCUUCCCCCAUGGAAAAAAUGUAUCACCUGCCUAGUCACAGAGGAGACUGCCAGGAAGGAAUUUUGAAAUGCCAGUCCUGGAAAAAAGGCAUGUGCUCCUCAACUAGCUGUCCUGGGUUUAAGAUACUGUGACUCCCCUUUUCCUGGGACAAGGGAGGAUGAGGGCUGCACAGGAUGCGGGCUCAAAGACUAAAAGACUGAAGACUAAGCACUAAAAUAUAAUGGUGUCUUUGUAUCUCCCACAAAUGAUUUGCAAAAUCAGUCAAUGCGAUUUCCUGCUAAUCACAAAAUAACAGCAAAUGAUGAUUGCCCCACCAUGCUCCUCUAAAUCAAUCCAAGCAACAGCUGUAUCUUUUGUUUUACAAUUUCAGUUUUCCUGUGUGAUUUCACCUGUAGGCUUUAGAGUGUACAUGCCAACUUCAAUUACGUUUUGACUGGAGAACAUGUUAAAUACAAGACAGUGUGUGUUUUUUAUAAGGUGUGAAGUACUGUACAAAAAUCUACUUUAUGUGAUAUAAAUAAGCUGUUAUAGUAUAAGACAACCUGUUUCCAUGUCACUAGAACAUACUGUCUGCUGUAGGACAGCACUACGGUCUGUUGGGUCACUGGCUUCCACGGAGUUGGGGCUAUUUCAGACACGCAUGUUUAUUACAAUGUGCUGGUGUAAUAAAUGGUUGUGUUUUUUUUUUUUUUAAUGAUGACGAUGAACUGGGUGUGGACAAAAUAAGAUGGCAAGAGUUGGGGAAAAACUUGACAUUCUCACAGGUUGCAUUUGCUUUUAUUCUGUUUACUCCAACAGUCAAAUAAUGGAUGUUUAUGUUAAAGGUAGUGUAAUUAAAGCAUCUAUCUCCUAAUCAUUCUGCCAAGACAUCAGUUGUUAUUACUGGUAUAUGCAAGCUUCAGAUGGUAAGUGCUGCCAGACGGCCUCCAGCCAGAGAAAUUGCCAGAGUCUUCUUUAGAGGCGAUGUUUGCAACAUGGUGAUUCACGGCGCUGGAAAGGAGCUGAGCCGGGAGCCAGUUUGUGGUCUGAGACUUUGUCCAGUGUCCUGAGGCACAGCUCGCCCUGUCUGUGGGGCCGCAUCCGCUCUGGGCCGGCGCCAGGUUAACGUGGCGGUGGCUGGUUAGCGGGGCUCUCCCCAGAGCGGCUGCGCUGUCGCCGUUGCUACAAAGGGUAUUGUUAAACGUGCAGAAGUGCAGCUGUCCAAGGCCGUGUGGGCAGCCUGGGCUUUCUCACACAAGAGACCAGCUAGGGCUUGGUGUGCAGGGUGCAGGGCUGUACUUGUUCACGUUCCCCAUCUCUUGGGGAAGGGAUUCAAGGGUUUUUGACUGUUGGGGGAAGGAAUUUGGGUCCAGGACUGUUUCUCUAAGCCAAGGCAUAAGACGGGAGUUUGCUUGUUCAUUUGCAGAUGGGGAGCUUAACUUUGCAUUUGGAAAUUAUAAUAGUGAUACAUUCAUUGACACUCUGUAAUGAGGCAUCACUCAGUGGAAGCAAUGGAUCACUUCUUCCUUUCUCUGGAUAUUGACAUAUUCCUGAAGGGCAAAAACACCCUUAUCACAGUAGAUAAACUUACAAAGGCCUCCUGUUUUGGCAGAGAUUACUGGUUUGAAUAUUCAAACUGGAGUUACUGGAACAAAUAUUCUUAAUAUUUUUUGUUACAAAAACUGUUAGAACCAGGAGCAUCAAGAGAACCAGAGCAAAACUUGGGACAUGUGCCUGCUGCAUGCCUGCGUGGGCUCAACAGCUCCAGUUCAUAGCUGUAUGUUUGGAAGUGAUUUUGUUCAUUUGCCUGUGGGGAACAGUCCAGUGAUUCACGUGCUUGGACCGUGCUGGAGCCUGGCGCCGUUGCUGCUAGAGUUGUAGCCAUCUCCCUGCUGGCUCCAGCUGGAGGAGGCCCCGGGGUAUGAGAUGCGUACUUGUGUAUGUACCAGCACUUGUCAGGGAGCUGCUCCUCAAAAGCCCUUUGUUGUGCAUUUUCAGGGAUGGGUCUCACUGCAAAAUUCACUUGUACGGGGACAGACAAAUCCCUCCCUCCUCCUGAAUCACCCAAAUCCCACUCUUACUGUUCUGGAGAGGAGCUGCUGUUCGUAUUUGCUGCCUCUGCGGUCCCCUCUUAGAAGAGGGUGGGAUCUGUUAACGUUAAAUAUGACGACGUUCUGGUAAAUACAAUCUUUGAGGAUUCGAGAGCAGAGGAGAUCUGCUUUUGCAAAGGAUUCAUGUUGCAAACAUUUAAACAAUCCAUGAGUCUUUUGGUGGACAAUGCAGAGGAUGGGAUUUGGUGCUGACUGAUUAGAUAUGCUUUUAUUUUCAAUACCUGCCUGCGCAUUGAGGGUUGUGUUCUCAAGGAGUCUAAAGGCAUUUUGCAUUCAAGGAGUCUAAAGGCAUUUUGCAUUUAUUUUCCUAGUCUUUUUAAUGCCACGCCAAUCCCUAAAAUGGGCAAUAUGGAAUUCUCAUACCCUCACUUCUUUAAAAAAAAAAAAAAA